UUGGGUGUUCGGCUGCCUUCGGUGCGGUUCGGUUGGGUGUUCGGCUGCCUUCGGUGCGGUUCGGUUGGGUGUUCGGCUGCCUUCGGUGCGGUUCGGUUGGGUUUCGGCUGCUUUCGGUGCGGUUCGGUUGGGUUCGGCUAUGGCGAGGCGAGCGGCGGUGGCGAGGGGUCGCGGUGCCCCCGGGGAGGAUUUCUCCUUCGUCAGCCCGGCGGUGAAGUACGUCCUCUUCUUCUUCAACAUGCUCUUCUGGAUGAUCUCCAUGGUGAUGGUGGCGGUGGGGGUCUACGCCCGGCUGCUGAAGCACGCAGAGGCGGCGCUGGGCUGCCUGGCGGUGGACCCCGCCAUCCUGCUGGUGGUGGUCGGCGUCCUCACCUUCCUCAUCACCUUCUGCGGCUGCGUGGGCUCCUUGCGGGAGAACAUCUGUCUGCUGCAGACGUUCUCCGUCUGCCUGACCAUCGUCUUCCUCCUCCAGCUGGCCGCCGGCGUGCUGGGCUUCGUCUUCUCCGAUAAGGCACGCGGGAAGGUCAGCGAGAUCAUCAACGGUGCCAUCGUGCAUUACCGGGAUGACCUAGACCUGCAGAACCUCAUCGACUUCGGGCAGAAGGAGUUCAGCUGCUGCGGUGGUGUCUCCUACAAGGACUGGUCCCAGAACAUGUACUUCAACUGCACGGCCACCAACCCCAGCCGAGAGCGGUGCUCAGUCCCCUUCUCCUGCUGCCUGCGGGACACCCAGGAGGCUGUCAUCAACACCAUGUGCGGGCAGGGCAUGCAGGCCAUGGGCUACCUGGAGGCCAGCGCCUUCAUCUACACCAACGGCUGCAUCGACACCCUGGUCAACUGGAUCCACAGCAACCUCUUCCUGCUGGGGGGCAUCGCCCUGGGGUUGGCCGUCCCCCAGCUGGUGGGCAUCCUGCUGGCUCAGAUCCUCAUCAACCAGAUCAGAGACCAGAUCAAGCUCCAGCUCUACAACCAGCAGCACCGGGCGGACCCCUGGUACUGAGCCCCACCUCG